ACGACUGUGGCCGAAACGGUAGACGCGUUCUGCAAAUUACAUGGCCCUAGGGGAGUUGGAAACGCAGCAACCUACAACAUCACAACCAGCGCUUGGACAAUGACGAAUCGCCUGUUCCAUCUGGCCGCGGAUGGACUUGGUCCAGCUACCGCAGAUGUGGGCAGAAUGUGGAACGAAGGGUUGGCUUUCUACGGCUGGCUUUUCUACCUCUCCAAAUUCUACGAAAUCAUUGACACCUUGAUCAUCCUGAGCAAGGGAAGGAGGAGCAGCCUUCUGCAGACGUACCAUCAUGCGGGAGCUAUGUUGUGUAUGUGGGCAGGCAUCAGAUACAUGUCUCCGCCCAUCUGGAUGUUUGUCCUUGUCAAUUCUGGUGUUCAUGCCAUCAUGUAUACUUACUAUCUCGUCUCUGCGCUCGGCGUUCGUGUCCCCAAAUGGUUCAAACGAGCCUUGACCACGCUCCAGAUCUCCCAAUUUGUGGUUGGAUCAGUGUAUGCCUCUCUGCACCUGUUCAUCUCCUAUCAGAUUCCGGUCAGCGUGCCUUACAUCUACCACCUUGGUGGCGUUGCGUCAAAGCUUGCGACUGGCGUGAACAGCGACAUUUCUGCUACCGCAUCGAGCGCAAUUGCUACGGCAUCCGCCGGGGUUGGAUCGUGGUUGAAGAAAGCUGCGCUGCGUGCUGCAGGUUACGAAGGUCUAGCAGAGAACGUCCUCAAUGAACAAGGCCAGACUUUCGGAAUCGACGCAAUUCAUGCUGCGGAAGAUCUUGUCGCCAGAGAAGAGACACGAUACAGAGAUGAGGUGCAAUACGUGCACUGUCUAGACACCAGUGGACAAGUCUUCGCCAUUUUGCUCAACUGCAUGUAUUUCCUUCCACUCACCUGGUUGUUCGCGCAAUUCUUCGUCACCUCAUACAUCAAGCGUACCGAGCGAAGACGAAGCAGCACCGCAAGCGAAAAGGCCUACGCUGCAAGACAAAGUCUACAAGAUGCAUCCAAGGGUCUUGCUCGCAGACUCAGUGAGGCACUCGACGAAAUGCAUCAGGUGACGGAGGACAUUGGAGAGGAAGAUGCGGUCAUCGACGGAGAUGAGGUGAAAGCUGAAUUGCGUGACCUGGCUGACCAAGCCAAGAGCACGUAUCAGAAAGGCGUCAACAAGGCCAAGGAGACCAUGUCCAAAGUUGAUACUGGCAAGGUGAAAGAUGAAUUUCAGCGCGACUUGCAAGCGAUUAAGGAGAACUUGCAGGAAACCGCUGAAAAGGCAACAAACGCAAUCAAGAGCAAGACUGGUUCAUUAGACGAAGUCAAAGAGAAUGUGGCCCAAACAGUCAAUAAGACAGUAGAUGCGGCCAAGCAGGCUGGGUCGAAGGCUUCAGAAACUGCGCAACAGACCGCCGAUGAUGUGAAGAAGACUUCGGGAAAGGCAAAGAAGAGAGCGGCAGCCGAAGCGAAGAAGACCUCGGAGCAAGCCAAAGACAAAGCAGCAGAGGCUCCGGAAGACGUGAAGAAGUCUACUGAGAACGCCAAGGACAAAGCAGCCGAGGGUGCUGACAAAGCUUCGAAGAAGGCAGACGAAGCCGCUGAACCAAAGAAGUCCCCAAACGGAAAUGGCACAGGCGGCGGAGAGGAGUCUAUAUAUGCGACGAACCAAGGUGAAGAGACGGCCAAGGUCGAAGAGGGAAAGAGCUUUGCAGAUGCCGUCAAGGAGGACGAUGGGCCGAGAGGUUUCGCUGAUUAAGCAAUGAUGGGGCUGACUUCCCAGGAGGUCGUGUCGUCAAGAACGUCCAAGCAUGUACAUCUUAUCAUUCGAGCUGCGUUAUGCUUCCCGGGCAUCACUGCUUCAGUUGAAGCAUGUUGACUGCUUGUGGAAAUCGGAGAUUUUCCUUUCGUCGGAUACCCAGGAUGGUCAAGCGAUGGCGAUCGGAGGACUACAGGCGGAUAACUCAGAUUAGGUAGACAGUACUGUAGUUCCAAUUUUGACACCAAGUCAAUUCAGAUUAACUGCA